UCAGACAGGCAUGCUUAUGCAUUCUUGUGGCAGUCUCCUUGUCCCUCGUAGGCUCUCGUAGGAAGUUUUGGGUGUGGGUUCAUUUUCUUCAAUUUUUUGAUGUCUUUAUGUCGUGGUUCAUAGGAUAUAGCUGCAUUGCUAAUAUUGGAGUAUUUGACUUCAGACUAUUGGGACCAUUGCUUUGUGUUUGAUCUAUUACUUUUUCUCAUAUAAAAUCUUAACCAUCUGCCCAAACAUGAAGUCAUAUAUAUCCACGUGCACUGCUAUGUCUUAUGAAUUGUUCCAAAGACAUUGAAAAGAUGCCAUAGGGUUAACCAUUUGUCAUUCAUUUCAGGGAGAUCCCAAUCUACACUACUUUUUCAUUCCCGUACUACUUGUAUUUGUGUUCUCAUAUUUUAUUGCCCAUGGGUUUUUGAGUAUAUAUGAGAUGGUUAUUGAUGCCUUGCUCCUGUGCUUUUGUGAGGACUGCCAGAUCAAUGAUGGUGUCACUCCUGGCAGAGAGUACUACAUGGACCCCUCACUUAUGAAAUUUGUGAAGAACAGCAGUGAAGCUAUUGCAGCCCUGAACAAGCGUCGAGAUGGUGGUGGUGAAGAUGUGACAGAUGGAGGCGUGCCAGCCCGUGAGUCUACACCUCUGCGUGGGGAACAACCAUCUCCUGGGGGAAAGGCAGAUGUGACAGACGAUCAGCAGCAAGAGACUGCAAGGAUUUAGUUAUCUUGCCAGACAUCUUACAGAAAUUGAAAUAAAAAAGGUUCUUCAGUAGCAAAACGUGUAACUAACAUAUCUAUGUCCAGUGGAGUGUAGCUGCUACCAGAAUGUCUGAGAUCACAAAUGGAUUUUUUAGUGGUAAUGUGGAUUUUAUUCUACGGCAGCUGAUAUGAAAUAAAUAUGACACCCUUUGUAGUAGAAGUAGCAAAUAUAAAGGAACUGAACAAGGUUUUGCUAAUAUAUUUUGCAUUUUUACGUGUGUACCAGAUGCCAAGUGUCAGUCAGAUAUAAUUGAACUAUCUGUUGUCUGUGACUAGUUUAUAAUAUAUUUGAUCUACUAUCUUAUUAAAGCAUGAAGUCACCUCAAAAUAUCCUUUAAAUGAAUAUUGACUUAAGAUCUGAGUUUAAAUGCUAUAAUAGUUUUCAUUUUAUUUAAUUUCAUGUAUUUUCAUACUCAAAUACAUAUGACUUGAUAAUUUUUGUUAUCUUGUUGUUCAGAUGCAUAAGUGCUUUUGACAGAAUUUGGGUUGGAUGUGGAUGAAAAAGAUUGCAAAACCAAGUACAUUGAUAGUCUUCCUCGGUAUGAUAAUAAACAGAUUUUGUACAGAUAAAGGUUUUACAGUAAAUUAAAUAAAUAAGCAAUAUUUUUUGGGCAUAUUAAUAUAGGGAUUUUGCUUAAUACUCCCUACUAUUGAAUCUCAUUAGAUAUGGUAAGAAAAACCAAUAUAAAUGUUGGCAUAACGUGGCUGACAUGUUCAGUAAGUUUUACAAUUUUGUUUACUUGAUUCAGUGGGAUUAUUCAAUAACCAGUUAUGUAGCGAAAAACCAAUUUGAACAUGGUCAUAAGUGAUGCUAGUCUGCUUUUAUUUGCCAGUUGUAUUGGUGCCUCUUCUAUCAAAAAAGCACAAAAUGCAUUUUGUACAUAAACAAGGCCCUUGACAAUUCUCACAUUAAUAAAAAGGAUCCCCUUGAUGGCAGUUGGCCAGUUUAUGUAAAUGUAAUCAUGUAGGUAUGCUUGUUAUCAAAUGAAAAUAUUUUGUUCCCCAAAUGCAAUAAAUGCAAAUUAAUACUUUUUGACACAUUGCCUGCACACAAAAUAUUGAAAUUUGUGUAAUUUGAAUGAAAUUGUAGGUUGUUAAAUAUAAAAAACAUGUAAAAUCUAAUUU